AAAACAAUCCGCCCUUCCUUAUUCCAGAUCGGGUAUAACCGACCUGAAUGAGUUAAAGCCUUAUCUAUUUGUUUAGCAGAAUGUCAAACCUAGCCAAACAAAUUCAAUGGAGCAGCGACGGGGGACGACCAAUGACCAGCUACAAGCGACCAGAGACGGACCCGACAUCAUACUCCUGGCCUUAAGUUGGACUAGCGACCAGCCGCAACUGGCGCAUGCGACUAUGGCGUAUAGUUGCCGCUGCUCGACGAUUGCAGGUCUUGAGCGAGCAUAUGACUUUGCUUGAGCGAGCAUAGGACGGCCUUAGAGCGAGCAAUAGGACGGCGUUGAUUGCAGGCUAAGUGUUCGUUCAAAUGCAAACAUGAUUAUUUCCUCGUACAAGCUAAAUGCAAAAAUACACAAUGUACUUCAUACUUCCAGUUAUAGCUCAAAGAGUAAUUCAAGAAAGCAAGGCCUUAUUAGAAAACCUGAUUUGGCAGCUAAGGUCGUGAGGACCAGUAAUCAUAAUGGCAAGGUUCAUGGUUCUAACUCUGUUAGACCAAAGGCCAAUACCAGUGGCAGUGCACUGAUGGUUUCUGAUGUGGCAAAAGUGAAAAUCCAGGAGGUAAGGAACGUGAGGGAUUACUCAGUUUUAUUAUCUGAUGAUGCUAUUAUCGGAUUCCUAUGUUUUAUUUAGCCAUUUUUUGUUUUAGUUUUGCUUUUAGUAAAAUUUCUUUCUGAUUUCUUUUCACCUAAAUUGAAGUUUUGCUUUCAAUAUUACUGCUUUCAGUAUAAUUAAAGUGUUGCUUGGCCUGGGCUGAAUCCAGGUGCGGGUGUACGUUAAAUUGAAUGGGGGCCAAUAAAACUGAAAUUUUUUACUUAUAAAAUUCAUUUUAGAAAUGAAUCUGAUGUCUGCCCCCAUUAGGAAAAAGCCAUUUUAGUGAUAGUUUGAAGUUGUGGUGAAGUGCUGUUUAAUAUGUUGUUUUCAGAUUGAAAUGUUGUUAAAAUUUUAACUAGAUAAGGAUUAAGAGAGCUAUAGUACUCUAACACUCAAACACUGGGAGUGUAGCAGUGGAAAUUCCCCAACUAUGUAUAUAUACAUCUUUGAAUCUUUUGAUGAAGUAUGCUCCAACUUUGCAAGGAUUAGAUUGAAAUGGUAUAUAGUCAUGAGGUUUGAGUACUCAACUUGGGAUUGAAGGGUUGGUGUUGAGUUAGAACUUAUUUAUCCAUUUCGAAUAGAGAAAAGUAUCAAGUUUUUUUCUUUUGAAUUACAUUAUAAAUGAUUUUCUGUAGGUUGUACCAGGUGUUCCAAAGACCAAGGAUGGAUAUAAUCUAUCUAAAUGAUAUAUGGUACCCGUAUUUAUAAUUUUCAGGCACAAUUUGGAGUUGAUUUGGCAGAUUUCUUUUCGAACUCUUCACUUUACCAUUAAGUAGAUUAAAGAGACUAGACAAUCCAUCAAAUUUAGUUUUAAGUUCAUGUGUGUUAUAUAUAGCUCUUUUAAAAGUGAAGUUCACUUAACUUUUCACUUUUUACUUUAUUUCACUUUCAGUUUACUUCACUUUACCAUAUGUUGUUAAUUGACAACCUAUAUGUUAAGAAAUUUUAUUCCAGUAUUCACUUUAUGUUUCUUUUCUCUUUGAAAUUUUCCAUGAGCAGGCAGCUAUUCAAAACAUAAAAGAUACCAUCUACUCAACCAUUGAUGUGAUGGAAGCAAUGACAUCUUCAAUAAGCUUUGCUACCUAAAGUCAUUCCCUCCUAAAAGUUGAAUGCACAAGUGCAUUGGUAAAUGAGCUAUUUAAUACAGCUUCCCUAGAGUGUGCUUCACUUGAUAGAUGUAGGAGCUGUUGUCCAUGGUCGCAACAUUUCAGGUACCCAUGUUUUUUCACUCCUCUCCUUCCUACCUAACGAUCUGGCAUAUAAAGCUUGAUUUUUCAUUACAAAAAAAUCUGUUAUGGUUCAUAUGGAAACUGUGAAAUGGCAGGUAAAGGCAAUUGAUGCAAGGAAAUUUUGAAAGAAUUUUUAAGGAGAAAAUAGGUUCUGACUCAAUAACCAACUUUAGAUAUUUGUUCAAUCUUAUUUUAUUAAUACUUUCUGUGUAGAACAUUACUUUUAUUGACAUGUGAGAUAAAGUAUAUUACGAAGUACGAUAGUAUUAUUUUAUAUACAUUUAGCACAAUUGGCUCCUUUUAAUGUAAUGUAAUACUUUUUUUCAAUUUGUAAAGGUUAUCUUAUCCAGAAUCAGUCUCGGGAGAAAAGAGUGAUCAAACAUGAACUUGUGGGGCAUUGUUUUUUCUAGAAGUGAGGCAUUCAUACAGAGGCACAAGAUGAACAGUUUAAAUAUAACAUAUACUUGAUGUACUAGUGCGCCAAAGCGAUGUUGCUGUUUCUAAAUUCCAAAGAGCUUAUAGAGCCAACUCAUAAUCUCCGGUUGAUGCAGCCUCAUAAGUGUUUUAAGCCAUCUCACUAGUACAUAAGUUUGUUUUAAUCUUCCCAGUAAGAAAUGUUAUACACAUUGUAAUGAAAUCAUGUAUUGGAUGUAUAUUAUAUUUAUUAAUGGUAUUUUGUAUACUAUUGUUUUGGCA